UCCAUUUUCCCAUCACACAGCCUUGAAGCAAGACACAUUGUAUUCACAUAGCAAUCCAUAAUCAAGAAAUGGCUUCAAGAGCUGCCACAUCCACUGCCCUUCUGCUUCUCUUCAACCUUCUCUUCUUCACAAUGGUGACCUCAACUUCUGUUCCCUGCCCACCAACACCCAAAACCCCCAGCCACGGCCACGGCCACAAGCACUCCAAGGCCAAGUGCCCAAAAGACACCCUCAAGUUGGGAGUUUGCGCCAACUUGCUCAACGACUUGGUGCACCUCGUCGUGGGAACCCCGCCCAAGACCCCAUGCUGCACACUCAUUAAAGGCUUGGCCGAUCUUGAGGCUGCCGUAUGCCUUUGCACAGCCAUCAAAGCCAAUGUCUUGGGCAAUGACCUCAAUAUCCCACUCUCCCUCAGCUUGCUUCUCAACUAUUGCGGCAAGAAGGUCCCCACUGGCUUCCAGUGUGCAUAAGCCAACCAAUUAGUUCAUGCUGUCUAGUGUUUUUGAAGUCUUUUCUCGAUAUGGUCGUCCUUCUCAUUGUUUCCUUUGUGUUUUAGUCUUCUGCUCAUUUGUUGACGUUCAUGCUAGAUAAGGGAGAUUAUGUAUUCGUACGGAAAUAAGUUGGUGUAUCUAAUCGGUUAAUAUAGAAGGUUUCUCACCUUCUGUCAUUAUAUAUAUAGCUUCUAUAGCUGGAAUAAUAUAUUUGUGGAUUUUGCAUUAAAGUGAAAUUGUGUACAACAUUCAAA